AUGGUUGCCUGGCAACAUUGCCUUAAAAAGCCUGUUGCCAUUGUCAUGAGCCUCUUUCCAGAUGGUAUCGUCACAUCAGCAUCCAUGAUGGCUGGCAGGGCAGUGACAGAAAGUUGCCCUCUGGGUCAGUUCCCAUGUGGAAACAUGAGUGUGUGUUUGCCCCAGGUCCUUCAGUGCAAUGGCCACAGGGACUGCAAGAACGGAGCAGAUGAGGAACACUGCGGGGACAACAGCGGAUGGGCGGAUAUCUUUGACCGCACUAUUAAAAAGGCAGAGCCACAGGACCUUCCUAAUGACUGCUUUGUGCAGCAGUACCCGGAGAGCUGUGAUUGCAUUAAGACCGAGGUGGAAUGUGUUGACGUGAACCUGCAUGUUGUACCUGUCCUCUCCUCCAAUGUGACUUGGUUGUCUCUGAAGAACAAUAGGAUCAGGAAUUUGGAUGAUUACAUCUUCUCCAAAUACACACAACUGCAGAGGCUGUUUCUUCAGAACAACAUAAUUCAGAUGGUCUCAAGCCGUGCCUUCAGUGGACUAUACACUCUAGAAAAACUGUUUCUCAGCCAAAACCACAUAACCUAUUUAGGACCAGGUGUAUUCAGAGAUCUACACAAAUUAGACUGGCUAGUAUUGGAUCACAAUCCACUUAAAAGUGUCACCUGUGAUACUUUCAUCAGUAUGAGGUCGCUGACAUUUCUGUCAAUGGUAAACACGUCCCUGAUGUGGCUGCCCGAUUCAAGUCUCUGUCAACAUAUGCCCUUGCUCAGCUGGCUGGACUUCGCUGAGAACCACGUUGAGUUGCUGAAUUAUUCCACUCUGAAGACCUGCACCGAGCUCACAGUGCUAUCACUGCAUGACAAUAAAAUCAAGAUCCUUCCAGAAAACACCUUUCAUUAUCUUGGAUCUUUGGUUGAACUAGAUUUGUCUUGUAACAGAAUUUCCGAUCUUCCUAAAAACACUUUCAGGAGUUUACAAUAUCUGCAGAAACUGAACAUAUCCCAUAAUCCUUCACUCCAUAUUCAUGCCAGCUACUUCGAUCACCUAGUCCAACUUCAGUCUCUAAGUUUGGAGGGCAUUGAAAUUCCUGAUAUAACCACCAAGAUGUUUCUUCCCAUGGGGAACUUGUCCCACAUAUAUUUUAAGGAUUUUCAGUAUUGUUCCUAUGCCCCACAUGUUCGGAAAUGUAAACCUAAUACAGAUGGCAUUUCAUCAGUGGAAGACCUGUUAGCCAGCCAUGUUCUGCGGGUGUCCGUCUGGGUUAUGGCCUUCAUCACCUGCUUUGGGAAUCUCUUUGUUAUCGGAAUGCGCUCCUUCAUUAGAGCAGAGAACAACCUGCAUGCAGCCUGUAUCAAGGUCCUGUGUUUUGCUGACUGUCUGAUGGGAGUCUAUCUCUUCUUCCUGGGGAUAUUUGAUGUGAAAUUUCGGGGCGAAUAUAACCGGAAUGCUCUUAUCUGGAUGGAUAGCGUGGAAUGCCGAACAAUUGGCUUUCUUGCCAUGCUCUCCUCUGAAGUAUCUGUUCUCCUCCUCACCUACCUGACACUAGAGAAGUUCCUAGUCAUCGUUUUCCCGUUUAGCCAUCUGCGGCCUGGGAAGCUGCAGACAGUGUUGGUUCUGGCCUUCAUCUGGAUUCUGGGAUUUGUCAUAGCAGCUGUUCCCUUGCUAAAUGAAGACCUGUUUGGGAACUAUUAUGGGCGAAAUGGAGUUUGUUUUCCUCUGCACUCUGAUAGGCUGGAGAAACCAACAGCCAAAGGAUACUCCACAGGGAUAUUUCUAGGUCUUAAUCUGGUGGCGUUUUUGGUGAUUGUCAUUUCCUACUCCAGCAUGUUCUGUUCCAUUUGUAAAACCGGCAUCAAUGCCACAGAUGUGCGCAGUCGGCUACACAAAGAUGUGGCCGUGGCCAACCGCUUUUUCUUUAUUGUGUUCUCUGAUGCCCUCUGCUGGAUACCCAUAUUUUUGGUCAAAACACUCUCUCUGCUAAAUGUUGAUAUUCCAGGGACAAUAAACUCCUGGGUGGUGAUUUUCAUUCUUCCAAUCAACAGUGCUCUUAACCCCAUCCUCUACACCCUGACCACCAGUUUCUUCAGAGAGCAGGUGGAGCUUCUCCUUUGCCGCUGGCAGCGGCGCUCGGCGUCAAAGAAAGACCGUAAGAGUCUCACCAGCUCCACCAUCUACAUGGAGACCUCUCGCAAUGCUGAAUACCCUGCAAAAAUUUCCUUGCCACGACUGUCUUUGGCAGAUAUGGAUAACCAAUAUGGGUGAAAGAGUCAGUGAGUAAAUGGUAUCAUACUGUAGCCUAUCAUAAUCAUUAUCUAUGUUCAGACAGGAGAAUGACGGUCUUUGCUGGAACAAUUUAGGUGAAAGGAUGGAACUGUGAUUCUUGCCGUUUGGGUUGCAGUAUGGAGUGCUCUUUUUAGACACAUGACCCUAGCUUCACUUUUUUUUUUCCAUUAGAAGAAGCAUUUUUGAUCACUUUAGCUAGACGAGAGCCUCGGACCCCUCCAGCGUCCAUUUCCUCCCUAAACGCCAUGUCUGGCUCACAGCCCCUGAGCUGAGCUUGUUGUUUGUCUCAAAAUCAUUUUAAAGAAGAAAAUCAAUGACUACAAAACGCAAUGCACAAGACUGUCAGUAUUUACUGCAGAACACAUUUUAGAGGGAUCCAAGGAACUUUAAAGCAUUAUUUACAUGAAGGGCAUUUUUUAAUGGAAAUGUUUUGAUAUGUGGUUUUGAGGUUGAAUUUGAGAAGUUAUUUGUAAUAUACAGCAAAGGUUUUUUUAAUGCUUGCUCUGCCAUUUCACAGAAAAGACACAUUAAAGGGAAUGCCUCGAAAUAAUUCCUGACUGAACAGAAUCAUGCAAUCAAGAUAAAGUGGUGCAUAUCAUUCAGUUAUAUAAGAUAAUACAUUGUUGUUGUUUUUUUUUACAAUGAUGCGAAAGCAUUUCAUAUUUAUACUCAUGUAGACUAUUUAUAAGUUGGAUUUUUUUCUACCCACCUCAAGAUAUGUGAACAAAUCAGAUAUUCAAAUAUUCAAAGUCAGAUGUAAAUAUGUUAAUAGUUUGAAUGCUCAUGGAAUUUAACAAGCAAUGUAUAAUUGACAAUCUGAAGAAGUCCAUCUACCAGUGACUCUAGCAAGUCAAGGAUAUCCUUGUACACUGAAAAAAAUG